GGGAGCCUGGAAAGAGGGGCAGGAUUUUGCUUUGGGAAUGCCCAGGAAAGAUCUGUGAGGUGUUCCAUGACAGCAGCAGCUGCUUGAAGAUGGUGCUGUGCAGUCAGGGCAAGGAGCAGUAACAUCAAGGACACGAUCCUUUGGAACUUCUGGAGAAGGCUGGGAGCAGGAAAUCUCGAUGGAGGGAAGGGGGAAGGAGUGAAACUGAGGCAAAACCUGCUCCAGGUGUUUGUGGGCAUGGAGAGCAGAGCGGGGUACCCCGAAGUGCCCGCACCAGCUUUGGUUCACAAAAAUGAGAUUCUAUAUGUACAAUGUGAAAGUAACUUUGCUAUACAGUUUUUAUUUCUGCUAUUAACUACACUUACACAUGGCAGUGAAACAGCUGAUAUAGUUAUUCCUGUGAUAGUUGAACUGCCUGCUUAGUUGGGAUAACACCCAAUGAAUGUGUGAUGAAGAUCCCUGCUACUGUCAACACCUACUGUCUGUAAAAAUUACAGACCAAAAUACAGACAGAGGUGAUAAGAAUUGACUGAAACCACAGCAAGAAAUGUGCAUGCUCUGGAAACGUGGGCCUGAUGCUAAACACUUCUUAGAACAUGCAAACUAGUUUGGGGAAGUUUAAAUAUGAUAAUUGUUUAUGAAUAUGCAGUAGGCUGAUGCAAUAGAAAAGGCGUGUAAAGGGUUUCUCUGAAAUAGCAGGUGUGCUCCUGGCUGAAUGCCAAGCACCCAGCUGUUACCUUUGCUUUAUUUUUGUAUCCUACUGUCCUUUAUUUAACUUUUGAAUUUACCCAGGAAACUGAACCUCGUUUUUCACAGCAGGAACGAGGAAGGACAGCAGGAUACAGGCUCUUGAGGGGACAGCAGGGCCGGGAGGGAAGCUGGGUCUGGCGAGGAUUUAAACGUGCUCUGUGAGGGGACGGCAGUGGAGCUCGGAGCUGUGGCAUGGGGAGGGACCAUAGACUUUGCAGAAGGAUGAGGAGAUGACGGAGGAAAACCAGCCCUGCUGAUGCCGGGGGCGAUGGCUGGAAGCCCCUGAGGGGAGGGAAAAGGCGAGGCCCGGACGGAGAGGCCUCAGCCCUGAGGGGCCGCCCGCCAUAUUGUUUGCCGUCUCCAUAGCAACAGCCGCGCCGGCGCCGCCAUCUUGUUUACCGUCACCACAGCAACGCCCGCCAUCUUGUCCGGCGUCCCCCCAGCACCGCUCCCGGCCGGGCCAAGCCGUGCCGGGGCCAUGGCGGGCGCGGGGCGGCUGCAAGACCUGGACCUCAGCGCCGAGGAGGCAGAGCGGCUCCAGCGCGCCUUCCGCGACGAGCGCUUCCGCGCGCUGUUCGCGGAGUACGCGGCCGAGCUCACCGACCCCGAGCAGCGCCGGCUGUACGAGGAAGAGGUGGCGGCUCUGGAGCGGGAGCGCGGCGUGGAGGUGCGCUUCGUGCACCCGACGCCGGGCUUCGUGCUGCGGACGAGCCAGGAGGGCUCCCGCCGCUGCUACAUCAAUGUCUGCAGCAACCCGCUGAUGGGGGAGCCGCGGGCCCGCGCCGAGCGCGGCGGGCAGCGCUGGGAGCUGCCCUACAGCCUGGCCCCGGGCCGCGAGGAGCUGCGCCCCGCCGGCCGCCGCCGCCUCCUGUACGACGUGGUGUUCCACCCCGCCGCGCUGCGCCUGGCCGCCCGCAGCGCCCGCUUCCGCCGCCUGCUCCGCGACACGGCGCUGGAGGCCGUGGAGAGCCACUGCGGGGUGCGGCUGGACCGCAACAACGCCACCGUCCUGCGAGGGGUCUCCUACAAGGGCGUCCCGCAGGCGCCCGUCAUCCGCUCCCCGCUGCCCGGCGGCGCCCCGAAGCCGCCCGACGACGGCGAGUCGCCGCUGCCGCCCUUCCCCUUCCCGCCCGCCGCCGCCGCCGCCGCCGCCGCCGGGGGCUCCUCGCCCGCCGCGCCCCCGCCGCCCUCCGGCCCCACCACGCCGCGCUGGAGCAUCCGCCACCGCUCCUACGUGGACCUGCAGGACUACCGGCACAGCCGCGACUCAGCGCCCAGCCCGGUGCCGCGGGAGCUGGUGGUGACGGUGGAGCUGCCGCUGCUGCGCUCCGCCGAGCAGGCGGAGCUGGAGAUCCGCGGGCGGGAGCUGCGGCUGGACUCGCGGUGUCCCGCCUACCGCCUGCGCCUCCGCCUCCCCUACGACGUGGACGAGAGCGCCGGGCGGGCCGCCUUCAACCGGGCCCAGCGGCAGCUGCAGGUCACGCUGCCCGUGGUGCAGCCGCCCGGCCCGCGGGAGCGGCUGGAGGGGGCCGAGCCCGCUGCCGAGGGGCCGGCAGAGGCAGGCCCGGCAGAGGCGGGCGGCGGAGCGGCUCCUCCCCCGGAACUCGGGCCUGGCGGCGCGGCCCGGGGCGCGCGUGGCGGCGGGGAGCGCGGUGAUCCGCUGGCCGAACCCCCGGCUGACCCACUGUGUGAGCCCGCCGCUGAACUGCCCCUAGAGCCACUCUGUGACCCACCCGCUGAACCCUGGCGUGAACCUCCCGCUGAUCCAACCUCUGACUUCCCUGCUGACCCUGCCAUUGAUCCAACCUCUGAACCUUCCACUGAUCCAACCUCUGAACCUUCCACUGAUCCAACCUCUGAACCUUCCACUGAUCCAACCUCUGAACCUUCCACUGAUCCAACCUCUGAACCUUCCACUGAUCCAACCUCUGAACCUUCCACUGAUCCAACCUCUGAACCUUCCACUGAUCCAACCUCUGAACCUUCCACUGAUCCAACCUCUGAACCUUCCACUGAUCCAACCUCUGAACCUUCCACUGAUCCAACCUCUGAACCUUCCACUGAUCCAACCUCUGAACCUUCCACUGAUCCAACCUCUGAACCUUCCACUGAUCCAACCUCUGAACCUUCCACUGAUCCAACCUCUGAACCUUCCACUGAUCCAACCUCUGAACCUUCCACUGAUCCAACCUCUGAACCUUCCACUGAUCCAACCUCUGAACCUUCCACUGAUCCAACAUCUGGACCUUCCACUGAUCCAACCUGUGAACCUUCCACUGAUCCAAGCUCUGAACCUUCCCCUGAUCCAAGCUCUGAACCUUCCCCUGAUCCAAGCUCUGAACCUUCCACUGAUCCAACCUCUGAACCUGCCACUGAUACAACCUCUGAAGCCCCUGAUACAAGCUCUGAACUCCCCGCUGGUCCAAGCUCUGAGCCCCCCGCUGGUCCAAGCUCUGAGCCCCCCGCUGGUCCAAGCUCUGAGCCCCCCGCUGGUCCAAGCUCUGACCCCCGCUCUGGGCCCUUCACCGCCCCCGCCGCUGUUCCACCCGCAGAGCUCCCCGCCGAGCCCCGGGAGCCGGCACUGCCCUGCUCCGGCGCCGCUUCCCCCACCGCCAGCCCCGAGCCGGCCAUGCCCACCGGGGACACCCCUCCGCAGCCCCCCGAGGGCCACCCCAGCGAGACGGCCACCUGCCCUCCCUUCCGCGCCCGGCAGGACGAGGCGUCCCUCACGCUGAUCCUGCCGGUGCCCGGCAUCCAGCCGCAGAGCCUCCGCGGGGACGUGGGCGCCCGGCACUACAGCCUCCGCUUCCGCACCGACACGGCGGCCUUCGCCCUGUUCCUGCGGCUCCCUGCCGCGCUGCUGUCCCCCGAGAGCAGCGUCAGCGUCUCUGCCCACAACGCCGUGCUGCGGCUCGCCAAGGCCCCCGGCAGCACCGGCCUCUGGGACAAGUUCGGCUUCGGCCUGGAGCCCUCCGCUCUGCAGGAGAGGUUGUUUGUCAGCGAGGAGAACGUUGAUGGAUUUCUAGGCACUGCUUUCUGCCCUUCCCCGUGCUCCCAAUCAGAGCUGGAAAGCCAGCCAUUAAUUGAAGUGCUGGAUGUUACUGAGGACAGAAUUCAAAUCAGGGUGGAGCCACGGGAACGAGAUGGACAAGGAGCGCUCGGCAGCUCGGGGGGAGCCCACAGCAAGCACCCCGAAACAAAGGCAGAAACAAAGCGUCCCGCAGCCGAGGGAGGUGCUGCAGGAUCCAGCCCAGCUCCCACAGCCGCGACAAUAGGAAAAGCAGGCUGUGCUUCACCCCAUUGUUUGCAGCACGAACCUCCUGCCACCAGCCCGGCGAGUGCUGGCGGAGCCGGCAGAACGGAGCCCGAUUUAGAAAGUGCUGCUGCGGCAGGAGACACGGCCCCGGAGCAGGGCUGGGGAGAAGCAGGAGAGCUGCAGGGGGAUGGGGAUGAUGGGGAUGGGGAUGGGGAUGGGGAGCAGGGGGAUGGGGAGCAGGGGGAUGGGGAUGAGGGGGCAGCCCCGGGGCUGGGCAGCAGGGCAGGGUCCCCCGUCCUGCGGGAGGUGAACCCCAAGGACGGCAGCGUGCGGAUCCUGCGCGACCACCGCGCGCGCUGCCCCGCGCUCUUCCACAGCCCCCUGCUCUACGAGCUCGAUUAGUUCCAUUGUUUUGGAAUUUCCUCCCGUUGUUCCAUGCUUGUUCUGACUUCCACGGGCCGGUGGAGGACGCAGAAGCCAUGAGUUCCCACCGAGACCGGUGCAACAGCGAAACUUUCCGUUGUUAACAGUUUAACAGCUGUCGAAUGGCAUCUGUGGCAAUAAUUUUACAAAAAGUUGCUGUUGGAGGUGACUCUGAGCUCCUGGAAAAAAAAUGUAUCUUUAUUGUUUGCAUAAAUUUUUUAUUCUCUUGCCACGUUUCAGGGAUUAUUUGUAUAUAUCCUCAGUCUAAUGGCUCCCUCGGGAAUGGAGCAGUAGUCAUCAUUUUCCAAACCUUUCAUUUGGUGAUAACUGCAGGAUUAGACUCGCAGUGAUUCUUAGCAAUCAAAUGAAAUUUCUAAUUACCCGGAGAAGUUCUAAUUAGUCUCCUAGAAAUAAUCAACACUUAUACCCUGUAUUCCAUCCUAGUGCUGUGCUUCAGAUCUGCAGCACCCAGAAAUCCCCCAGCUGAACAAAUUCCAUUGCACAAGAACAUCCUCUGGGUGCAUGUCUGCUCUGAAGUAUUUACAAUUGGUGAAAUGGAUUCUCUUUAGCCAGAUUUAGAUUUAUUUUUCUCAGUUUCCCUCGAGUUUCAGCGUUUCUCACCUCCCUAAAGCAGAA